CAAAAAAUUGACUAUUUCGUGGGUUCCAAAAAAAAUCAAGGGUCUUCUGUGGAGGAUUAAUAGAUUGAGACUGUGGAAUGAUGGAAGGAAAGGAAGUUUGGUGUCAUAAGGAAAGGCAAAGGUGUCUCCGGGAAUUAGUGGUGUGAUAGGAAAAUUGUGGAUUUAUAAAAUCAUUUUCAUUUUUUCAUAAGAUUAUUUUCAUUUGACACUGGAUUCUUGUGGAGGAAGACGGCACUGCAGUAGACGGUUUAGCACAAGACGAUUUAUCAUCUUGUGCUCAAAGGACGAGGGGAAAAAAGUGGGUGAAAGUGGGAGAGAGAAAAAAAGAAGAAGGAUUCUUCGUUUGAAAGACAAACGACCACACUGAGAGAGAGCAUAUUUUAUGCUUCGCUAGAUAAAUCCUUUUGAAAUUUUUUUCUCCUUAUUUUCAUUUUUUUUUAUUUUGGGGAAUUUUUUGUUUUCAAAAAUAAAUUUUGUGUGAAAAAGGAAAGAAAUUUCCUUUGAAAUAAACCUUUUCGACGGAAGGAGGACGAUAGCAAGAAGUGCGUCAAGAUGUCGUCUCCUAGUGCGGGAAAGCGUCGCAUGGACACGGAUGUUAUUAAAUUAAUUGAAAGUAAGCAUGAAGUGACUAUAUUGGGAGGCCUCAAUGAAUUUUGCGUAAAAUUCUUUGGACCACGGGGAACUCCCUAUGAAGGUGGUGUAUGGAAAGUUCGUGUCCAUUUGCCAGAGCACUAUCCCUUUAAAUCGCCAAGUAUCGGCUUUAUGAAUAAGGUGUACCAUCCAAAUAUUGAUGAAGUUUCGGGGACUGUAUGCUUAGAUGUCAUCAACCAAGCAUGGACUGCUCUUUAUGAUUUGAGCAACAUCUUUGAAUCAUUUCUGCCACAGUUACUCACAUAUCCAAAUCCUGUGGAUCCUCUCAAUGGAGAUGCGGCUGCUAUGUAUCUUCACAAACCCGAGGAGUAUAAAAAGAAGGUAUCAGACUACGUGAAGAGAUUCGCGACAGAAGAAGCUCUCCGAGAUCAGGAAAAUGUGGAUAGUUCCGACAGUGAAUCCAGUAUGUCUGAAUUUAGUGAGGAUGAGGCACAAGAUAUGGAGUUAUAACAGCGACUUUCUGUGCACACGUUUAAUUAUUACUAUAAUAUUAAAUAUAAAAUUAAUAAUAUUUAUAUAGAGAUGAUGAAGAUGAUGAAAUUUGACAAACAUGCUAUGCUGUUAAUAUAUUGAAGAAUUGAAGAAAAUGAAAUAGUUCGGAGCUGAUGAUACCCAAGAAGUGAAGAGAGGUCAAGAAAAAAAAUUUAAGUGAUUGAAAAAAAAAUGGAAAAAUAUAUAAAUAAAAAAAAUAACUUUAACGAUUUAUGAAAAAAAGAAAAGAAAGAUGAAACUACAAUUUAACUUAAAUAGUAGCGAUCUAUAUUAAUGGAUUUCAAUGAAAAACAUAAGAAGAUGAAAGUGAGUGAAUAAUUUUUUUUCAAGUGUAAUAUUAAAGUAAUAUUUCGAUGAUAAUUGAGUAAUUUUUUAUUCACUUUUUUGUAUAAUUAUUUUUAUCUUAAUUUUGUUGCUUAUGAAAUAGAAAAUAUAUUUUGUGUUGACUCGUUCAUGUCGUGUAGGACAAAUUUAACUUUUUUUUGCAAUUAUUUUUAUCCCUGUCUUUUCACCAAAACCGUGCCAUUUUCAGAUAAAUUACAAAAAUAAAUUACAAAAAAAUAAAGAGAAAGAAAAUGUUGGAAUCACAAAAAACGAAGCUAAAACAAUCCUAAAGUUGGCAUAAAAAAUGAAAAUAUUUUUCACAUCGUGAUUUCUUACAACAUUAUGAUUUUCUUAAGAACAUUUUGAAAAAAAAAAUAAAAAGGAUAAUAAAAAAUAUUCUGGAUAUAUCUCCCUAAAUCAUUAACAAAGAAAAAAUAAGAGAAAAAACAUUAAAUUUUUAGUAAAAUAGAGUCUUUAGAAGAAAAAAAACCAUCGUGGAAAAAAAUGUUUAUAUUUUUUGAAAUAUAAAAAAAGAAAUGAAAAAUAAGCUGAGUAAUUGAACAUAUAAUACAACUUUUUUGUGAUGUUUGACUAAGAGUUUUAAAAGAAAAGUAAUUAAAAUGUAGAAUUCGAUGAAGAGAAAAGUUAAUUAAUGAUGGAUAGAUAAACAUAAAAAAAACAGAUAAUGCAUUAAUGCAACAAAAAAAAAGGAAAACUAAAUGUCUUUUCAAUUUGAUAUUUUUCUUUAUUUUUUUCAACUUUGAUGGCGAUUAGAGAUGAGAUGAAAGUUUAUUAAGAUGCGAGAAAUGGUAGUAAUGUUUAAUAUAAAAGAAUCUUCUGGGCUUAACCACUGAACCCACCCUCCCCACAAUUUCCCUUUCCCAAUAAAACAUAGAAGCAAAUUCUACCAAAAAGAAAAACAAAGAAUUCUUUUCCGCUCAUAGAAAAUGCAAAAAAAUGUACUUAGCGGAAGAAAAGAGAAAAAUGUUGUUUAACAUUAGUUCUUAAAUAGUACAGAAAUACAAAAAAAAAAAAAUAAAACUUCAUCUGUUGCAAAAUGGAUUAAAUAGAGAAAAUAUCACACAAAACAACCCCUAUAUAAAUGUCUCUCCCUCCUCCACCAAAUACAGCCCCAUUAUACGCAUAUAUUUUAAUGUGUAGUAUAAUAAUAAAAAGAAAAAAGAGUUUUAAAAAAAUACUAAAUGGAUGCAAUAUCCGAUUUUAUUUUAUAAAGAAAAAUAAAAGAAAAUAUUUCUGUCAAACUGUUUCUCUAAAAAAGAAAACAUAUUAAGCAUUCGUAGAGAUAAAUGGACAAGAACAUGCUAAAUGAGAAGUGUAACUGUAAUGUAAUUACUGAAUAUUACUAUAUAUAUGAUUACGAUAAUAAAGAAUUUUCUUGGUAAGAAAGUCACAAUCAAAAA